UCAAAAUUUAAAGAACUAUCAAAGCGCCAAAAUUUAUACGACUUGCUCACUCACUCACUCAGACUAUACUCUUCAAUUUCAUUCCUAUCUCUUUCAUUGUUCAACAAUGGCGUCCUCAAAUCUGAAGCUGGUAAUACAAAAAGGGCCACGACAAGGUGAAACCCUAGAAUUCAAACCAAGGUCGUCAGUUCGAAUCGGUCGAGUUGUGAAAGGCAAUAAUAUAACAAUCAAAGAUCAAGGGAUUUCCUCAAAACACCUCAAAAUCGAGUUCAAUUCAGAUUCUGGAAAUUGGGAAAUUACAGACCUCGAAUCUUCCAAUGGUACGAUUCUCAACUCUACUCAGCUCAAUCCUUUUUCCCCAACUGAAAUUAAUCAUGCGGAUGAGAUUAAAUUAGGGGAAUUAACCUCAAUUAGGGUUGAAAUUGUUGAAAUUAGCGAAGAUAUUGGUAAUCGUAGAAACCCUAGAAAACAAGCGGCUUCUAAGAGUAGUACUGUUUUGAGGGGUAGGGUUGAGGAUGGUUUGAAUUUGGGUGAGAAUGUUGAAAUUAGGGAAGAAAUUGACAAUCGUAGGAACCCUAGAAGGCGAGCUGCUGUUAAAAUUGGUAGUAAUUUGGGAAGUGAGGUUGAGGAGGGUUCGAAUUUAGGAGAGAGUGUUAAAAUUAGGGAAGAAGUUAACAGUCGGAGGAACCCUAGGAGGCAAGCUGCUUCCAGGAAGGGUCAUGAAGUGGAGGUGAAGGUGGAGGUGCUAGACGAAGAUUGUGAGGCGGAGAGUUAUAUGACAAACAGGGAUUUGGAGGAACAGAAUAUGGAAAAGGGGGUUGAUGGUAAUCGGAGAGGGUGUCGUAGAGGGCGGCCGAAGAAAGUGAGUUGUUUAGUGGAUGAAAAUGCUGAUGAUAUGAAUUUAGGAGUUAGUAAGAAUGUGGAAAUUUCUACCACGAAGCCGGAGGGUGGUGUGAGUACAAGGAGUACUAGGAGAACGAAGAAGGCAGAGGAUGUGAUGGAGAAGGUAGCGGAAAGCAAGGUUUUAGGUAUGGAUCAUUGUAAAGAAGUGGAGAAUAUAAGCCUUGUUGAAAAUAAGAAGACACGGGGAGGUCGUGGGAGGAAAAAAAAGGUGGAUGCUGAGUGUUUAGAUAAUGUUCAAGAUCCUGUUGUGCUAGAGAAUAUGAUACCUGAGGUUUCGGAAAAAGAAGUUCCUGGAAAGGUGGUAGUUUUGAGGGAGGAGCCUUGUGAAGAACCAGUAGGUGAUGCUCUUGAGCAAAAUAUACUUGAUGAUCAAAAAAAUGAAAAGUUUAUGGAGGUGGAGGGUUGCAAACAGAGAGAAGAUGCUCUGUCUGUGCGAGAUAUGGAUGAAAUUGAACAGCCGGAUGAGUGUGUUGCUCUGCCUGUAAGUGAGCAGUAUUGUGCAGACUUCGUGGAGCAGCCUAAUCAGCAGGAUGACUGUGUUGCCCUGCCUGUAAGUGACCAGCAUCGUGCAGACUUGACAGAUGAACUUAAUCAGCAGGAUGACAGUGUGGUGGACCCUUCUCUUGUUGAAGGAGGGCUUUGUGAUGGAGUAGAGAGCAAUGCAUUGUCUGAUGAGGAGAAAAGGGAAGUAUCAGAAUAUGAAGAAGUUGAUGAAGAGAUGGAGGCAAAUUGUUCCAGUAGAAGCAAAGAACUUAAUAAUACUGAUGUGCCUGACCUGGAAAAGAUGACUCUAGGAGAUUGGUUUGAUUUUUUGGAAGUCUAUUUGCCUAAGCAGAUUUAUACCGCAAGAGAUCAGAUCAUUGAGGACAUGCGAAAACGAGCCAGACAGUUUGAUGACUUCAUGUUACAGCAUCAGAAAGACAAAAGCAAACUGCCUUUGCCUACGGAAAAAGCAAAGAGUUGAAUCAAAUAUGGAUUAGUUUUGAUUAUGGCAAAUCACCUGUAGCUAGCAGUUUGAUGUGGAUCUGAGUUUCUCUGCUUCUAAAGCUAGAGUACAUCACAACAUGUUGAUAAUGCUUAGGAUUCAUUUGCAAGAUUGAUUGGUGCGCGGAUCUGGAUUCUGCCCGUGAUUGAGCCCAUUUAUCUGCAGCAGUCAGCAGGACAUUAUGCGUAUUCUACUGCUAUGGUUUUAUUGUGCUUAGGAUAUCUCAUCCUUGAGCAUUAGGUAUUGUUUAGGUUGCAAGUAUAACAAGCAUAUUAUACCACUCAUAAGUCAUAACAUCUAUACAUGCUAAAUUCUAAUGGAUGUAUAAUUUGGCAAUAUUUUAGGCUGUGGUUGACAUAUGUUAGCUUGCUAGUUUUUACUAUCA